GGAGAGUUUAACAAGUGUUAGGGUGAGCUGGUCUGACUCGCAAGGUACAUACAUACGGACACUUACAGCGAGGGCAGGGGGGAAGGUUAAUCUCAUUUGAUACGAAUACUGUGUGCCGCGAGAAGCCAGCACCACCUGUUCAGGGCGAUUGUCAGUUUGUCCUUUUUUCGAACCCCAUUUCCAUCCACCCCCUGGCACCACCAACAGCACCACCUCCGACCCUUCACAGCCGUGGACGGGCAACCCCUUGGUUGCAUUACCGGGCCGCUUUGUUGCGUCCCUUUCGUUGGGUAACCGUUGGUGCAAAGAGUUGAUUUCCCGACAAUCAACGGCGCAUCGUUGGCAGCUCUAUGGGUCGUUUUUCCUAAUUCCAUUUUCGACGAACCCAUGGCGCGCCCCAUGGGGUCGGUUCGUCUCAAGAAGACGAGCCCAGCGACUCUUGCCGUCGGCGCCGCCCUCUGCAUCUUCAUUUUAUACUUUUUAAUAGGCUCCUCGACUCCCGACUUUUCCGCUUCUCGCAAGGCCACCGCCGCAUCCCACCCUCUCUCGCCGCCGACUUCUCCCUUUCGCAAGUCGACCGGCAAUGGCAAGCUGAAACCGCCGCCCGUCGCACAUUAUGACCUUAACAAUGUCACCACCACACCCAAGCCGCUCGAGAACCGCGAGAACGUUUUGGUUUUAACGCCAAUGGCGCGAUUCUACCAGGGGUACUGGGACAACAUCCUCGAGUUGCAGUAUCCCCACGAACUGAUCACGCUCGGCUUCAUCCUGCCCAAGACGAAGGAAGGGAACGAUGCGACGAGGGAGUUGCAGAACCGGAUCACCAAGACCCAAAAGUACGGGCCGGAGAAAGAUCGGUUCAAGAGCAUCAUCAUCCUGCGGGAGGACAUCGACCCGCCGCUCGUAUCGCAGGACGAAAAGGAGCGCCAUAAGAUGCAGAACCAGAAGGCCCGGCGGGCGGCCAUGGCCAAGGCCCGUAACUCUCUUCUCUUUUCGACUCUCGGACCGGCAACCUCGUGGAUUUUGUGGCUGGAUGCCGAUGUCGUCGAGACCCCGCCGACGAUCAUUCAGGACCUGGCCCAGCACGACCAGGCUAUCAUGGCGCCCAAUUGCUUCCAGCGAUUCUGGAACGAAGAGAAGAAGGAGAUGGACGAACGGCCGUACGACUUCAACAACUGGCAGGACAGCCCCACCGCGCUGGACAUGGCCAAAAAGAUGGACCCGGACGAUAUCCUGCUGGAGGGCUAUGCCGAAAUGGCAACGUUCCGGACAUUGAUGGCUUACAUGACCAAUGACGGCGGCCGUCUGCAUGAGGAGAUGCCCCUGGACGGUGUUGGCGGCGCUGCGCUUCUGGUGAAGGCAGACGUCCACCGGGACGGUGCUAUGUUCCCUCCGUUUGCCUUCUACAACCUGAUUGAGACGGAGGGUUUCGCAAAGAUGUCUAAGAGGUUGGGCUGGCAGCCCUUUGGGCUCCCUAAUUAUAAGGUGUAUCACUACAACGAGUGAUAUAUCAUAUAAGAUUUCCCCAGGAUGAUGUGAGCGGCGGAGUGAUUAUUUGACUCGGAUAGUCACGGGAGGUCAUCAGAGCAUGGCACACUGGCAGUCGAGGCUCUGGCCCGUCAGUAACAGCCUUGGAACCCCCCUCGAUCGCGAGUGUUGCACCGCUUUAUUCCCAGGGCUUGGAGUUGGUCAAAUAGCGGAAAGGGGUGUGCUUCAAACUUGUACAAUACAGUGUGCGACCUUGAUGGUAACGGGCGCAAUGUGGUGGCCUAGUUUUUGGCUUGGUUGGACGUUUUUGGGCAGGCAUCGGUCACUGCUAGCUGGCGGACGGCCAUGAUAAAAGGCACAAGCACGGCGUUGAGAGGAUAUAGAGGUGCGAAGCAAUGG